AUGGAACCCCGAACGGAAGCGUACGGGAACCUUCCCAAGCAAGCAACGAAAAAGUUUCAAGCAAGGUGGUCAUCUUCUUCUGCUCAAACACACGACUGCCCCACCGACGUCAUAGAAGACGAAACACAAAGGGAGUUUAAGAAUAAGCUGGUUUCCACCACGGACUCUUCUUCAUCUUUUGGUAAACCAAGUCUGGGUCAACCAUUAUGCUUCUGUGAAAUUGAAGCCCAACUAAGAUACUCAUCUACUAUAAAAAAUCCAGGACGACCUUUCUUAGGGUGUCCUAACUACAACACAAAGGGAUUACCAUAUUGUAAGUAUUUCAAGUGGGUUGAGGAGGAUCAAUACAAAAAGUCCGAUCUAAGAGAAACUCACAAUGAACUGUUAAGAGCCAAGAAAGAGCUGGAGAAGAUACUCGAUGAUAUCGAAAAGAGCAAAAUUGAUCUCCGUAAGAGAGCGGAUGAGAUCGAGAUGAGAGAGAUGACGCUAUCCAAUAGAAAUGAGGAGGUUGUGAAGAAGGAGUUGGCGGUUCUUGUACGCGAAGCGCAAAUAAGACACUCACGCACACUACUCCGAGUGUAUUGGGCUGCCGCAUUUGUUGUAGCAUGUUACUUGUCUUGCAAAUAG